AUGUUCCCUGUUUUCCAGCUGGGGCAGUUCCUGGAGCAGCGUCGGCCGCGCCCGCCCGUGCCCACCCUGGUGCUCUACGCCCUGCAGGUGGGCAAGGCCAUGGCAUACCUGGAGGCCAUCAGCUGCGUCCACAGGGACAUCGCCGCACGGAACAUCCUGGUGGCCUCCCCCGACUGCGUCAAGCUCGGCGACUUCGGCCUCUCCCGCUACAUCGAGGACGAGGAGUAUUACAAAGCCUCCGUGUCCCGGCUCCCGAUCAAGUGGAUGGCUCCGGAAUCCAUCAACUUCCGCCGCUUCACCACCGCCAGCGACGUCUGGAUGUUCGGUGAGGGAUCCCGGGAAUCAUCCCAAUGGGAUUAUCCCGACCUUAUCCCUUGGGAAGGGCUUCCAUUGAACCCUCACUGG